UAAUCAUUUUAUAGCACCCGGAUCUGUUGUAUAUAUUUUAUAUGACGUUUAUUUAGUUUGUUUCCAGUUUAGAUAAUUAAUAUAUUAACUGAUGUAGUAUAAAAUAUUUGCUCAAAAAGUAAUCAUACACACAGUUUUCAUUUUGUGUUUAUCUAGGCCUUCCUAACUAAGUUGACAAACGUAUGCUCAUAUCAUUCAAUAUUUUGUAAUUACAUAAGUAAUGAAAUUACAUUACAUUUUUCAUGUAUUUAUUUCAGUUUUUCAUGUUAGUAGUGGAUUUUCUGUGUUUGAUAUUUUAUCACCGGUAGUUAGUCUAUAUGCUGAACAAUGUGAUUCAAGAUGGGUUACUUGCAACAUAACGGGUUUAGAGAAAGUCCUUUAUGAAAAAGUCUUUGGUCAAGAUUUAGCUGUAAGAGUCAUUCUAACAGCGCUGAAAAACCAUUUAUCAAAGACAAACCACAAGAAACCUUUAGUCUUAAGCUUCCAUGGGUGGCCAGGGGGAGGAAAAACAUUUGUUAAAGAUUUUAUAUUGGAACAUUGGUUUAGGGAAGGACAAAGAAGUAAGUUUGUUAAAACAUAUUUUGCUCUAAAAGACUUCCCAAGCAACGAUAAAGUCAAGGUUGACGAAUACAAGAUGAGACUACAAGAAGAUUUACAGGAAAAAAUAAGUUUGUGCCAAAGAUCCAUUUUUGUGUUUGAUGAGGUGGACAAAUACCCCCCAUAUGUGCUGGACGCGAUCAAGCCUUACAUUGAUUACAACACUCACAUCGAUGGCUACGAUUACAGAAAGGCAAUAUUUAUUUUUAUGACCAACAUAGGCGGUCCACUUAUCUCACAAAUUUCCUUACAAAAGUGGCUAAAGGGGAUCGAUCGUGAGGACUUCAAGCUGUCUGAUUUUGAACAGCCUAUAAGAAAACAUUCUUUCAAUUGUGAAGGAGGUUUUUAUCAGAGUGAUUUAAUAAGACACCAUUUGAUAGAUUAUAUAGUUCCGUUUCUGCCACUGGAAAGACCGCACGUCAAGUUAUGCAUCGAGACAGUGUUUAGAGAAAAGGGCAAGGUACCAGAUCAUGUCCUGGAUCAAACAGUAAAAGAAAUAUUGGAAGAGCUAACCUUUAAUCCUCCAGAGCACCAUUUGUACGCCUAUGAAGGGUGUCGACAUAUUCAUUCAAGAGUUGAUUUCACGAUAGAAGAGAUUCAGAGGCAAGAGCGGAAAAAUCAUUACUCAAGAGGAAAGAAUGAGUUAUGAGUUUAUUCCAAGUAAAUCUUCCAAAGAAAAUCUCAGGCCUUAAAAUAAGGAGAUGAUAAUUACUUAUGUCUUAGAACAUGAUUUUUUUAACGCAGAGGAUACGUGUCCGGUAACCGGACGUGGAUAAGGCGUCCGGCAGUUACUGUCAUAACUUAACCAAACCAACCAAACUUGCUGAUAAUGAAAAAAUCGAAUGAAGGUUAAAUUCUUUUCAUAAAAUAAAAUUAUAAAUGCCAAAAAUUCUAACAAAAGAUGUACAGUUAAGAAGAAUGGCAUUCAAAGCAAAAUCUUUGACAAAAAGUUAAAGUUACCGAUGGGGAUUUGAAUCAGGGACCUCUUGCAUUUUGUUAUCAGCCGAGCACUCUAUCCACUACACCACCAUCACCAAUGGCUGUACAUCAUAUCGUUGUGGUAAUGGCGUUCCGGGCCCCCACAGCCCGGUGACAUCACUGCCGGACGCCUAAUCCACGCCCAGUAACCGGACGUGUAUCCUCUGUUUUUUUUUUUUUUUUUUUUUAAUGAGUUUACAUUUAGUGGUUUUAAAUAACACUGUUUUGUAUUUAUUAAUUGGUGCAGUUGACUCUUGUUAACUUUAAUUUAUAUUCAUAAGAUUUUUUUAACUGCAAGCUUUUAACCUUUGAACUGUAUGGAUUAUUCAUUGAUUUAGUUAUGCUUAUUUUUAGACAAUAUUUCCUCAUCUAACUAAUACAAAACUCAAAAUAAAGUUUUCUGUGGACACACAGCAAGAGUUACUAAAGGAGCAACAUUCCUGAUUUAAGUUGUUACUCAUGAACAUUCCAUUCAUCCCGUCUACUUCGACCCGACCCAUUUACCAUUUUUUUUGCCAGCAUCUCCCACUAAGCUUUGCCACCGACAGUGAACUCCUCAACAGUGGCAAAUUAGACCUAGCUGAGACUGGAUUUGAUCCCUCAAUCUUCGGUGUUGUCUUCUAGCCCGAUGCAACACCUUGCACAUUGCUUGGCCUAUCAGACCUAACUACUGCACUGAUCAACCAGAGCCCAAGUUUAGUUUUUUAUAGAGUCAAAUCCCAGGCCCGUCAAAUCCCGUUAUAUGUAUGGUUUUUUGUUUUUUGUUGAGUUUACUCUUUUUUUGUCCUAGUACACUAGGCGCGAGCCUGGAAUUGUUUUUCACAUUACUUCAGGCUAGACCCAGAGCUUGUGGCAUUAUCACUUAGAUAAAAUCCGUUGGUGAUUUGGCGGGAUUUGAACCCGGGACCUCGUGGACCAAACUCCGAGUUGAGUUUACUCCUAUACUCUUAUGAAUAAUUAAAGUAGAAGUUUUGUUAUGUUACUCUUCUGUACAAAAUCUAAUUACGGAGCUUAAGGGUUAUCAUGACUUGUUCCCCCCUCAUUCUCACUCAAAUAAAGCACAAGCACAGCACAGCACUAUUUUACUCUAUACACUGUACUAUGACGAUGACCCUGGUCUGGGUAUGUUUCACCAACCCGUUACGACUUGUACACUGGGGUUUUGAUGAAAGGUAGGUUUUGAAAGGUGUCCAUUUUGCCAGCUGAAUACGGCAGGAUUGCAAAUGUCCUGUGAAUCUUUCAGGCACAGAGUUUUCUUUGCAGAAUUCGGCCUAAACUUUUUCCCGAUUUGCAGAAUAGUUACUGGUACCAUAUUCCUGUACAGUUGAAAGCUUGUGGAGAUUCUGUCGAUUAUCUUAUUUUACCAAAGUACAUAUUCAUAGUUCAGACAAUGUAAUGAAAAAGUAGCUAAGUUUAAUAGGCUUUUUAAAAGUCUUUUCUGUGAUAUAAAAUGUCUUUUUAAAGAAAUAACAGUACAAAAUCAGCAAGAACCACUUAAGCGUUAGGUAUGGGAGGUGUAGUUAGAGAUAUUUGAAGUUAACUCAUCGUUUCAUACAUUUAUAAAUUAUCUUGGGGUUGUUAGGGAACACCAGUUAGUUAUACCAUAGUCUAAGCAACACAAGUAGACUUCUCAUCCCAUUGUAAAUUUUGAAGCUUGUUUUUCGUGUCUAGUUCAUGUACGUUGACACUGAUCGCUAGAGUAGACAAAAUUUUGUUUCUAUUUUCAGAGUUUUUUUAUUGUUAUUGUUCUGAUUAGAUCGUUUUAUUUGGUUAAACGAGGUUUUUAAUGACUGAAAUAACAGGAAAUAAAUUGUAAACAAAACACGACCUCUACAGUGCGUACAAAACUAACAAUAAAAUUGGCUUCAUCUGUUCCAUAAGGAUGACAAAUCUACUGAAGUAGUAUAUUUUAUCAUAGACAAAAAGAAUCAAAUAUAGACUGUCAGCCGUGCUGCGGUUACCAUAGGUUCUGGCGCACACCGCUGGGAGCGCCAUGUAGUUACGUAGCGCGUACGCUGUAACUACAUGGCGCUCCCAGCAGUGUGCGCCUUUACUUAUGGUAACAGCACGGCUGACGGUCUAUAUUUAAUUCCUUUUGUCCAUGGUUAUACCACUGGGGAUAAGCCCAGCUGUUUCUUUAGUCAGGAUAAUUUAUAAAAUAAAUAAUCAAACAGGUGAGUUCCGUUGAAUUUAAAGGAUCUACUGUAAUACUUUUAUGUAAAAUGAUAGCACUUACUUAUAAGGACAAUUAUUUUUAUCAUUUAUAUAUAUUUUUAUGAUUAAAAUUAUUUAUUGGUAUGUACAAAGUACAAUGAUGUACUCUUAUAAAUUAUAUUUUGUUUUGUUCAUUCCAAAAAUCACACUGUUGUUUUGUGUAAUGUACUACCUUUUAUAUUUUGAGCUAGUGUUUUCUGUUUUUUGU